ACACACACGCCCACAGGAGGACUCUCGCUAUAACUACCCACUUUAAAAAGUUGCUCCAUAGUGGUUGCCGCGGUAGUUUGAGCAAAUAAUAAUGAUGAGUGGUGCCGAGAAUUUCAAAAACUGCGGCUCUGUGUUGGUAACGGGAGCCAACCGUGGGCUCGGGCUGAAGAUAGUCGACACUCUGGCUAGUGGAGGUUUCCCACCGGGCAAGAUUAUAGCCACCACCAGAAACCCCGCGGGCGCGCAGGAACUUAAGGAACUGGCAGAGAAACAUUCUAACAUCCACAUCAUCACUUUGGAUGUAGUGAGCCAGGAGAGCAUACAGAAGGCUGUGGAGGAGGUGAGCCAGCUGGUGCAAGACGAGGGGCUCAACUGCCUGAUCAACAAUGCAGGGAUCAGUGUGCUGGCCAACUUUUAUACCGUUACUGCUGAGAAUAUGAUAGAAAACUUCCGCACCAACACUGUGGCUCCUCUAAUGAUCACCAAGGCCUUCCUGCCUCUGUUAAAGCAAGCUGCAUCCAGAGGAGGAGCAGAUGGCUCAAGAAGCAUGGGCAUCCACAGGGCAGCAGUUAUUAACGUGUCCUCUAUGCUGGGCUCUAUGGAGCUCAAUGGGAGGGAGAUGGCAACCAAAUGGUCUGAAGGGUACCCUUACAGGACAUCCAAGGGUGCCCUGAACAUGGUGAGUCGCUGUAUGGCUCUAGACCUGGAACCUUAUGGGAUUCUCUGUAUGGCUAUACACCCCGGUUGGGUCCGCACUGACAUGGGGGGGCCUGAGGCUCCACUGAAUCUAGAGGAGAGCAUUCCCUCCACCUUGUCUGUGAUUGGUGGACUAACUGAAAAGGAUCAUGGGUCAUUUCUGAAUUUUGCAGGAGAAUUGAUGCCCUGGUGAACCCAGUCAUCACAGGAAUGAGCAAGCCAACUUCUCCCAGUUGCGGUUUCCUCUGUCCUCAUCAACUUCAACUAUGUAAAGAUGGAUGUGUCAGUGGCUGAGUGCACACCACUGAAGAAACCUUAUUUUACUGUUAUCAUUACAAAGGUAUGAAAAUGCUUUUGUGACCCACUGGGCUGCAUGAAAACAAGAGAAUUGUCAAAAUAAAUUCCCCAUAAACUGCAGUUCAUUGGUAUGUUUGUGUGCAUUAUUGAGGGGCUGUAAUAUGUUUGAAAAAGGUUCCUCUCAGAAGUUUCAAAGAAAGAACAAAAUCAGGACAUGGUGUCGUGGAUAUGCUGCAUUGACCUACAGCUAAGUUACAGCUCCUAUCCCUUGUGAGGAUUUGAAUUCUGGGUUAAAACAUCCAAACAACUAGUAGGUGAUGAGGCCGCAUAAUAAUGACAACAAUGAAAACUGUGAUGGCAAAUGUCGUUUAAAAUCAUACGAUGAUUGUGUCUGUGUGGCACUUCAGCUGUUAUAAGUUGGUGGAGAGGUGUGUGUGUCAUUGCUGUCAGUUUACAGCACCUGUAGCUACAACUGCUUUGCUUAAAGUUAUAUGAUAAAGUAGAGCUGCUAUUGAACAUAGCAGGGCCAAAGUUGAUUGUGCCAGUUAGAAAAUGAACAGAGUUUCUUGGGUAAAG